CGUCCAUCUGUUGUACUCUAGGCUCCUUCCUCCACCGCUAGAGGUAUCUCUUCGCAGAAACGGAGUUCGGGGAUAAGCUUCUUCUUGCGCUUGGUGUCGUAACCCAAUAGGCGCAACUGGCGCACACAGCAAGAUGAAUGGGUGUCUUGGCCAGAACGUCUCGAUAUGCCGUCAUCACGAGGUGGCCCAGCUCGAACCUUCUCGUCGCGAACAGGUCGGAAGGCGCUGCUGCGAGGUUUGCUGCGAUGCGGAUGGUGCAGUGUUAGACGGAGUCGGAGAUUCGGGUUCAUGAUGUUGGGAGUAAUAUGGAUGUCGGUGGUUCCGUUGAAGGCGCUUUUUUUUUAUAGGGGCCAGCACGGAUUAUGGGAUGAGGCUCCUGCCUAUACGUCUGAAGUUUGGUACUGUCUGGGAGGUCAUACGCCUUGCAUAUUCCUGGGGCUCCUUCCUUGUGUCUGCGUACCUUUUGAUCCUCGGGGGCCGAAGAGAUGAUGGCGUUCAUGAACAUGGGCAUUAGUUCAGUCACUCUAUGGACACCGGCAGC